UCAAUGUGUCUGCAGAAAUACCUUGAGACUGUAGGAGCCUCUGUCACACUAUUUCUGCACUUUUUUUUACACUUUUGGUCUUAGCAAAUCUUUUUUUUCUUCAAAGACAGUUUUAAGAUGAUUUCCUCUUCGCCGUUUCUUCUGCUGCUUCUCUCCGGGUGGGGUUUGCUCAGUUUUGUCUCGGGUUCCCCCGCUGUGGAGGAAGCUUACGAGGCUGUGGUGAGCAUCGUGUCUCCAGGACAGCAGUAUCUGACCGGGGAAUCUCUUCACUCCCUCUUUAAUACACUGGAGCACCGUGUGCACUGCGGCGAAGUGCCGUGUGAAAAGUGUGAUCUUGCAGAUGCCGUUCAUCAGCUCAUAGGCAAUCCCGACGUCCAAUAUGAGGAAGAAACUAGAAGAAACAGUGUAAAUGUGGCUGUCACUGUAUCUCAGUUCACGGCUCUCGCCUCCGGCUCCGUCCUUUACCUUUCUUCUCCUGGCCUGGUCUGCACAGCGAUAAAAACAGGAACAUGGGGAGAAGAGACUGAAAAAUUCCUGCACAAAUUCACACAUAAUGAUCCCCAUGAACACAAGAGUGAGGCAAACCAUGACCAUGAACACAUAGACGUCCAUGGAUUAGAAGGUGUCAUUCAAGAGCUUCGCAGCCACUACGACCCCACAGAAAGUGAGAACUGUAUAAGCGCUAGUGGCAUCAUGGCACAGGUUGACGCAUCAUCAGGAGACCAGAAACAGGAAGUGGGUGCGGUUUUGGGAUAUGUGCUGUAUCAUGCCCUGCAAGGUCACUGCUUCGCUGAUCAGUCCCUGCCUGAUGAGAGCUUCUUCGUGAACUACAUCAUGGAGCAGCUCGGCUCAGAAAAUUUCACUAUCCUGGACCUAAAGGCUCUCAUGAAGAGCCUGAAUAUCGGACCUAGCUCGGAGGAAGACCAUGGACAUGAGCACACAGCAGAUGAACACGCCGACCAUGAUGACAAUGUCCAGAGAUGGAGGAAGAGAAGCAGUGACAGUGUUGAGGGACGUGAAAGUAAUAACACUUGGGAACAGCGUUGUUUCUCAGCUGAAGAACUGGUCCAGAUCUACGGUCUGGCAGAGAAUAGCUCUGCCUCCUCUGGUCUGGGUCGGCCUGGCGUGGUUCAGCUCAGCCCUGCGCUUGUCCAGCAGAUCCUGAGCGGAGCCUGUGCAGAUAUUACAGAUCCAGAAAAACCUGAUGGGCUCUCCAAGGCUGAGAGAUACCUCUAUGCAACCAUCGCCAAUUUCCUGAUAACAGUGAUAUCCAUGUUUGGCAUUGUGGUGUUGCUGUGUGCCGCCUGUACUAGUGUUUUCCAGAUGUGCAUCCAGUUUUGCAUCAGCCUGGCAGUCGGUUCACUGACUGGAGAUGCCCUAUUGCACCUGAUGCCAACAUUUCUGGGUUUGCACGUGCACUCAGACAACGGUGGCAGCAGCGAACAUUCAAGUCACAGUCAUGAGGAGGAAACUCCGGACUACGUAUACAAGAUGCUGGUACUGAUUGCAGGGAUCUACUGCUUUUACCUGAUGGAAGUUUCCUUCUCUCUGAUCACAUAUGGUGAUAAGCAUAACGACCAUAAACAUCACCAUGGGGAAGAAUCUGAGCCUCACCACUGUGACCAUGGGAGAGUUUUAGAGAUGUAUCAACAGGAACAGAAACAAAAAGACACAAAGUCACAGUCCAUAUCCAAAGAAGACCUGGUUAGCUGUGAGGACAAUGAGAAACCGCUUCCAGAGCCAAAGGAGCGCACCAGAGAGCAGCGACUGCUGCCUUAUAUGAUUACGAUCGGUGACACGAUCCACAACUUUGCAGACGGCUUAGCGCUAGGUGCAGCUUUCGCCCUGUCCUGGAAGUCUGGUCUGGCCACGUCACUGGCUGUACUCUGCCAUGAGUUACCGCAUGAGCUCGGUGACUUUGCCAUUUUGCUCAACUGUGGCCUGUCUGUCCGCAAGGCCUUAGCUCUAAACAUCGCCAGCACCCUGACCUCGUUCAUCGGCAUGUACGUCGCUCUGUCUGUAGCCACUGACCUCGCUACCCAGCAGUGGAUAGGUGCCAUUACUGCAGGGCUCUUUCUAUACGUGGGACUCGCUGAUAUGCUGCCCACCAUGAUCCAUAUCAGCAACAAGAAACCCUGGAUGACAUUUCUGCUGCAGAAUGUCGGCCUUUUAGCAGGGUGGGGUAUUUUAUUAUUGUUGUCUCUUUAUGAAGAGAAGAUAAGUUUUUAAUGCACAGUCUGGAAAGUGAACGGUCUCUCUGAGAUCUUAUGAGAGUUUAUGAUUGUUGCUGACAGGUUGCUGUAAGACCUAGUUUAUACUUGAUUUCUUAAGGAAUUCCUAAUGAAGACACGGUGUACCAGACACACAAAACCCACUUGUGCAGUCUGCCAAGGUGAAGAGUGUCUCUGCAAACCAUUCGUUUCAUAGCAUUUAUUUUCUGUUCGAGGUAUUAGAAAAGAGAGCAGGUUUCAAUAUUGAAGAUCACAAGAAAUGUAGUACCACAGAUAACCCAGAGACCACAAUAACCCAUUAAAUUAUUUGAGUGUGUUUAGUUAAAAGUUCCUUUUAUUUGUUGCACUGAUAACGUUUCACUGACAGCAAAUACCAGAAUGUGCUGCUCUGCUGUAUUAGAUAGAUUUGUCCAAAAAUAUCACUUAGACACUUGAAAUGUAAACCAAAGGGAAAUGUAACAUUCAAGCAAACAUGUCUUUUUCUAAUUCUAGAUAAAAAAUAAUAAUAUAAUUAUCUGGAUUUUUUUUUUUUUAUAAAAAUAAGUAAAAUGCUUUUUCUUUGUACCUUUUAAUAAACUGAUAUAUUAUUACAUACUUAUUGUAGUGGUUUGGGAAUUUUAGGAUUUGUGAAAUCUUCCUAUAAAAUCUGGUUUAAGAGUGUCACACUGAGACAGCAUAUUAUGGGAAGUUAAAGAAGUAACCCACAAGAAUUCAACCAAACAAAAGGAAAUCUCUCUGCUCUCUUCUGUUCUGCUACUCAAUUCCAAAACAUGCAGCCUCACUCGCAGUGGUCCACUUGCACAGCUAAAGAAAGGUGCUCUAUAGCCAAAAUACACAAAUAACCAAAGGUGGUACAGUGGUUAACACAGUAGGAAGGUGCUAGGCUUGAACCAAGCCAAUGGAUGGGGCCUAUUAAAUGUUCUCCCCAUGCCUGCGUGGUCACUCCACAGUCCACAGUGGUUCUAAAUUGCCUGUAGCUGUGAACAUAAACCAUAAUGUCUCGCUGGGUAACCCUCUGAUAGACUUGUGAUUUCUCCAGGGUAUACUUCGCCUUUUUCCCUAUGACAGUUGUGAUAGGCUCCAGCUCUUAUCCACCAUGUAUUUUGUGAAAUUUGAGUUCAAAUUCUGCAUUUUGACCUUUAACCUUUAAUAGAGCGUUCACCUGUGCUUUUGCAUUAGAUAACAAGUUGUAAGUGGAGAAGACAGGUUACGUCUUUAAUCUGCGUAAAGUCAUGGAGGUUAGGCGACAACUGCACUUUAUCUCGCUUUAUGCUCUAAUCUCCUAAACUUAGAGCUCAUAUGAACAUCCUCAUUAGGGACAAAGUCCACUGACAACACAUCACAUGCCGACACAGAAGGAUGUUUAUUACUUUACACUCCAUAUGUAUGCAUGUAAGCAUGCAGACUGUCUCAGACACGGUGACGUACAUGAUUGCAGCAGCUGAGGGUUGUACGCUGACACUUUAAGAACACACUUUAAAAGCAAAUUAGAGAACUGCUGACACACACACACACACACACAAAGCUCAUCCCCCUGAUGUCAGCUUUCCAAACUGGUAUCCAUAAUUUUGAAUCCUGACUGAAUGUUUUCAGCGAUUUUAUGAGCCCACGGAGUCCUCUAACCUGACGUGCCAAUAAAACACUCAAAUUUAAUUAUCUCUCAGAUUGGACCUUUGAGCAUCUCAUAUAUUACACUGCACAAUACAUCUUUUACAGUAGUGCUGGAAAACAGCAGACAGUUUUACAGGCAGAAAAUAAAGACAGGGGAUUAUAUGGUAACUGAAAUAAAAGACUAUGUGAAGGAGCUAUAAAAACUGGAUCAAAUAUAAAAGCAAACUUCCACUGUUAUUGGAAAGCAAUGGGACACUUAUACGUGUUAACAUAAAGGCAGUGGUGAACACGAAGAGCCUUUUUUGCAGUUAUAUUCACAAAGCAAUCUACAGUUCAGGUACCAUUUAAAGGUGAAAUUACAGCCAUACGUGUUUAACUGAAUGACUGUUAUCAAAUGGAGAUGAUGAGUGGAAGAGCAGGACAGUCUGAGACCAUUAUUGCUACUGGCUGAGUGGUCAUAUGACUAACAUGCAAGGAGCUAAAGCAUGCGAGUGCUGUCAGUGAGGGCAUGUCUGCUAUUUAAGCUUCAAACUUCCUCUAGAAGGCUAGUAGCUCAACUGCAAACACGUUGCCUCCUGUAGAAAUAGAAACUGAAUAAUUGUGGUUUUAAAUUAUUAGCUUGGACUCCCUGUUGCCCUCCUCACUUUUGUCACACCUACCUUAACUCUUCAUGGCUCAAAUUCAUCAAGAUGCUGGAAACAUUUCCCAGAGUUUUUGGUCGAUAUUGACGUGGUAGCAUUAGCAUGCAUUCUCUUUAUUGCACGAGGGUGUAACUGUCAGUAUCCCUGCGUCUUCCACUGCCAGCCAUUUCAUUUUGUACAAUUCCCACCAGCUCUUUAAAGUCUGCUUUUUGCGCAAUCUUUUCAGCACCCUUAAUCUUAUCAGCAAACUGUGUUUAUGUGCUAAAAGUAAUAAUUUCCUUGUAAGUAAACCCAAUUGUAAAGUGUGAUUUCCCUAACUUAUUUACACAAGGCACUUUGUAGAGGGUACAGCAGCCGUGACCGUUUGUCUUGAGAACUGUUUGACCAAAGUUCUUCUGCAAUCAAAUCUCGUAAACUCGGCGGCCAUUUUCAAAUGCUGCCAGGUAUUUAUUUGGGCAGGUUUUUCAGAGGUCACACAAAAAAUGUAUGACUAGAAUGAAAUAGGAUUUUUGACUUUUUUUUUCUUUCUUUUUUUUCUUUUUUAAAGGAGUUGCCCACAGAUUUAAAUUUAGGAUCUAUAAAGUAAAGUGUGUUAUGUAAGUAUAACGCCUCGCCUGCAUCAGCUAGCUUGCAGGCUUUGCUCCAUUUAGCAGGUUGGUUAGUUAAUGGUAAUAGCUUUGCUAUCAGUUUGUUAUAAGUAGUGCCAAACAUUGUGAUUAAAAUGGCCAUUUAAUGGGAAUAAAAUGCUUUUAUCAGCAGCCUGAUGUCUUCAUAAUCUUCAACACACACUGAGAGAUGAUGGGCAUUUACUCUGUAAUGAGCACCGGCUAAACAGAAAAUCUGUCAUGCAUUCUGUCUCACCUCAUUUAACAAAUGUAUGCCUGGCGCUGUGGCAUCUUUCAAACCUGAGAUCCUGCA